ACUUUAACGAAUUAGAAUUGCAAUUUAGGGAAUAUUAGGAGUAGAAACGACUAGAGAAGCAUUUCUCGUGGAACAUCCGAAAGGAUACAUCAGUUGCACGUAAACAAGCGAGAGUUCAACAUGGCAGUUCCUUCAGUUUCCUUAAAUACACGAAAUAAAAAGCAUUUCUUGGGUGUACCGGCACCUUUAGGAUAUGUUGCUGGUGUCGGCAGAGGAGCUACAGGAUUCACAACACGGUCUGAUAUCGGUCCUGCUCGAGAUGCCAAUGAUGUUUCGGAUGACAGGCAUGCUCCUCCCACAAAACGUACAAAGAAGAAGGAGGAAGAAGAGGAAGAUGAGGAAGACUUAAACGAUUCAAAUUACGAUGAAUUUUCGGGAUACGGAGGUUCCCUCUUUAGCAAGGAUCCCUACGACAAAGACGAUGAAGAGGCAGAUGCAAUUUAUGAGGCUAUCGACAAGCGUAUGGAUGAGAAACGCAAGGAAUAUAGAGAGAAACGUCUUAGAGAAGAAUUGGAGCGUUACCGUCAAGAACGUCCCAAGAUCCAACAACAAUUCUCAGACUUAAAGAGAGAACUGAUUAACGUAAGUGAGGACGAGUGGAGGAACGUUCCCGAGGUGGGAGACGCCAGGAAUCGUAAACAGCGCAAUCCGAGAGCCGAGAAAUUCACUCCGUUACCAGAUUCUGUACUAGCGAGAAAUCUGGGGGGCGAGACCUCCACCAGUAUUGACCCGACUAGUGGCUUGGCCUCGAUGAUGCCAGGUGUGGCAACGCCCGGUAUGCUGACUCCAACGGGAGAUCUGGAUCUCAGGAAGAUCGGACAGGCUAGAAAUACGUUGAUGAAUGUCAAAUUGAAUCAGGUCUCUGAUUCUGUCGAAGGCCAAACUGUGGUCGAUCCAAAGGGCUAUCUUACGGACUUGCAGAGCAUGAUACCUACUUACGGUGGUGACAUAAAUGACAUAAAGAAGGCCAGACUGUUAUUGAAAUCCGUCAGGGAAACGAAUCCUAACCAUCCUCCUGCGUGGAUCGCGUCCGCGCGUCUGGAGGAGGUAACGGGCAAGGUGCAAGCGGCGAGAAACUUAAUAAUGAAGGGUUGCGAGGUGAACCCUACGUCGGAAGAUCUAUGGUUGGAAGCUGCGAGGUUGCAGCCACCGGACACGGCAAAGGCGGUGAUAGCGCAAUCGGUGCGACACAUCCCGACGUCCGUCAGAAUCUGGAUAAAAGCCGCGGACUUGGAGACGGAGAUGAAAGCAAAGAGGAGAGUGUACCGGAAGGCGCUGGAGCAUAUCCCGAAUUCGGUGCGUUUGUGGAAAGCUGCGGUCGAGCUGGAGGAGCCCGAGGACGCGCGCAUUCUGCUGAGUCGCGCGGUCGAAUGCUGUCCAACGAGCGUGGAUCUGUGGCUCGCUCUCGCACGACUGGAAACUUAUGACAAUGCAAGGAAGGUUUUAAACAAGGCCAGAGAAAAUAUUCCGACCGACAGGCAAAUUUGGACGACCGCUGCCAAGUUGGAAGAGGCGAAUGGCAACAAGCACAUGGUGGAGAAGAUCAUCGAUCGCGCCAUAUCCUCGCUGAGCGCCAACGGGGUAGAGAUCAAUAGGGAGCACUGGUUCAAGGAGGCCAUGGAGGCUGAAAAGGCAGGAGCAGUACAUUGCUGUCAAGUCAUCGUCAAAGCUAUUAUCGGCUUCGGGGUAGAACAAGAAGACAGGAAACACACUUGGAUGGAAGAUGCGGAAACUUGUGCUCAACAAGGAGCAAUGGAAUGUGCCCGGGCUGUCUACGCAUUUGCGUUAACAACGUUUCCCAGUAAGAAAUCUAUUUGGCUACGUGCAGCUUAUUUCGAAAAAACAUAUGGCACGCGGGAAUCUUUGGAAGCCUUACUGCAAAGAGCGGUCGCCCAUUGUCCCAAGAGUGAAGUGCUUUGGUUAAUGGGUGCUAAGUCAAAGUGGCUGGCGGGCGAUGUACCAGCGGCGCGAGGUAUUUUAUCUUACGCGUUUCAAGCUAAUCCAAAUUCCGAAGAGAUCUGGCUGGCGGCGGUGAAGCUCGAGUCCGAAAAUUCCGAGUACGAGAGAGCGCGGCGCUUACUUGCAAAAGCCAGAGCGUCCGCACCGACACCGAGAGUGCUGAUGAAAAGCGCCAAGUUGGAAUGGGCGCUUAAUAAUCUUGACGCAGCAUUGCAUCUCUUGAAAGAAGCUCUCGAAGCCUUCGAUGACUUCCCGAAAUUGUGGUUAAUGAAGGGUCAGAUUGAAGAACAGCAGGGUCACUUGGACAAAGCGAUAGAAACGUAUAAUCAGGCGAUAAAGAAAUGUCCAAAUUCGAUACCCCUGUGGCGUCUACUGGCGCAAUUGGAGCACAGAAAAAAUCAGGUGACUAAAGCACGUUCGGUUCUGGAAAAAGCACGACUGAAGAAUCCCAAAAAUGCGGAACUGUGGAUGGAAGCUAUACGAAACGAAUUGAAGAGCGGCGGCAUACGCGAUAUGGCAAACACAUUGAUGGCCAGAGCGUUGCAAGAAUGUCCCACAUCUGGUCUACUCUGGGCAGAAGCGAUUUUCAUGGAACCACGACCUCGGCGAAAGACCAAAAGUGUCGAUGCUCUCAAGAAAUGCGAACACGAUCCACAUGUUCUUCUGGCAGUAUCAAAAUUAUUUUGGUGCGAACACAAGAUUUCAAAAUGCAGAGAUUGGUUCAAUCGCACGGUGAAAAUAGAUCCGGAUUUAGGGGAUGCCUGGGCAUACUUUUACAAGUUCGAGUUACUAAACGGUACAGAAGAGCAACAAGAAGAUGUAAAGAAAAGAUGCAUUGCCGCGGAACCCCAUCAUGGCGAGAAUUGGUGCAAGGUCUCUAAGAAUAUAGUAAAUUGGUGUUUAAGUACAGAUCAGAUCCUAGUAUUAGUCGCAAAGGAGCUACCUAUUCCUAUAUAAAAUAACAAUUCUUGCAAUGUAAUCACUAUGAUCUUGUAACGAACUAUAAAAUAUUAUAGGCAUAGAUUUGUAAAUAAAGCUAAAUUUCAUUUUUUUUCAUGCUA